GUUGACGGCACGGACUAUCAGUUGUGUCUUGACUCCGUUGGGAGGUGGACCUCUCGCGUGCUAAACAGUGUUGUGAUUGAGGAUUGAGUGAAAUGAGGUGUUUGAUUGCAAUCUGUUUUAUCGUUUUGGCGCGACACUGCGAAAGUGGAGCCCUAAAAUGCAGUCCUGGCACAGAAGGCCCGUGUGCAGCAGAGCAAGAAUCAAAAGACAAACCGAGUCAGAUAACAACAGAUGACGCGUCUGCCGUCCAAGAAAUGCAGUCGGAAGUGGAAUGCCUGGCGGGAACCGAGUGGGAGAGCAACUGCCACUUCUGCAGGUGCUCCGAUUCAGGAGUCGCCGAGUGCUUGAGGCAGGACAGCUGUGAUCAAAUUAUAUUUACUGAACCUGUGCGUUGUCAGCCAGGCACCUCCUUCCAGAGGGAUUGUAACACUUGCGUCUGCUUAGAUAACGGUCUGGGCCUGUGCUCCUUGGAUGCCUGUAGAAGAUCGUCAACUCCCAAGAAGUUUGAGCUGAUCCAGGGCAGAGAAUGCGCUCCGGGAUCGUCGUGGUCGAACCAGUGUAACAGUUGUAGGUGCAAUGCCGAUGGAUACGGCAUUUGUAGUGACGAAGCCUGCACUGAACACAUUAUCGCUCCCAAGAAGUCUGAGCUGAUCCAAGGCAGAGAUUGCGCUCCGGGAUCGACGUGGUCGAACCAGUGUAACAGUUGUAGGUGCAAUGCCGAUGGAUACGCCAUUUGUAGUGACGAAGCCUGUGCUGAACACAUUGACGAGCCUAAGAAAGACUGUGCGCCGAAGACUAUGUGGAAAAAUGAAUGCAACACGUGUUGGUGCACUUCGGACGGUAAACCCAUGUGCACUAAGAUGGGGUGCAUCAGUUAUAACAUCGAGAAUUCAAUUUAAAAUUCUCUAUCAUCGUGUGUACAUUCCUCGUUACUUCAGGAGUUAAGGUCGUCUCAAAACACGACCAAAGCAAUCGUUUGCGUCGCGAACCGAAUGUUCAUCAAGGACUGCAACACUUGCUGGUGUAACGAAGACGGUACUACCUUCUACUGCACCCGAAGAGUCUGUGUACCCAUGCUGCCGGAAGACGGUGACGAAGAUCCUGAGAACUUGAACCAGAAACCAGCGACGCCAAAGGAGUGCAAGCCGAAUGAAACAUUCCAAAUUGGUUGCAACAGAUGCCGAUGUAAUUCUGAGGGUACAUUGUAUUCUUGUACGAGGAUUGGUUGCUUGGAAGCCGAGGAAAAGAACCACACCCUGUCAAGGAAAGUUCGUGCAUCCCAACAGGAAACUGUCAAAACCUGCCAGCCCGGACAAGAAUUCCGGUUGGAUUGCAAUAAGUGUCUCUGCGAUAAGGAAGGCAAAGACUUCUCCUGCACUCGUAUGGAUUGCAACGCUCUCAACAGUAACCACAAUGCUGAGCCCUUCAACGGCGACAGAACUAAAAGAGAAGUAAGUCAGAAGCCAGCCACGUGCGUUCCCGGCUCCGUCUACAAUCAGGGCUGCAACGUAUGCCGCUGUACUGACGAGGGCCGACACGCCACUUGCACCUUGAUGCGAUGCCCCCAGGAGAAGGAGGAGACGCAUGCGCACGACCAGGAUCCAGGUUUUCGUUGCAACCCCGGCGAGCAGUUCACCCGCGACUGUAACGACUGCACUUGCUCGGCGGACGGAAAGAGCGUCUUCUGUACGCUACGUCUCUGCGACCAGGACAUCACGCCCCACAUAAACGCCGCAUAAGCCAAUACAUGAUAUUCGAAUAAUCGAUAAUCGAACUUAAAAUUUAACGAGAUUAAUAAAAGUUUUCCAUCUAUUUAUACGUUUGUUUUAAAUAUAACGCAAACUCGUUGUGUCUAUAUAGAAUUUGCUUUACGUACUAUGCCUGUAUUUUAGAGACGAUUUUUAUUUAUAAAGGCCUAUUAGUAGAUUUUGUAUAAUCUGUAGCUGUCGAAUACUCUAUAAAGGAAAUUUAAAAAAAAAACCUACUUCGUUUUAGCGUCGUUCGUUAUUUUGCAAAUGGCGUCGUUUCUUUCACAAAGUUGGUAGCCGUAUACGUAUUUUUGACUAUUACUUAAUUUAGUUUAGUGAAUUCAAAACUCAGUUUUCAAUAACGAAGACGUCUAUUUAAAUACUCAUUUUGUUUUCAUUUUAUUUAACACGAUGAAGGAUUUUCUUUGUUCAAAAACGAAUGUAUAAUUGUAUAGCAAUACAUCUUCGCUUUUCGGCGGGAAAAGAUCUUUCUGUCUAAAUAAAAUGAAAAUGUUGCCUUUAUAUUAUUAGUUUUAACGGUAGCGGUUCACAUAUUUUUCAAUUUAACGCGUAAGUUUUAUUAUUGCCAUACUCAUUUCAUCAUUAAUGUUUUUAAAAAUUUCGUUUAUAAAUUGAAGUUUUGAAUAUUUAGUUCUUCAUCGGCCAUUUUUGUUUUAACUAAAUCGUUUUAGUAUUUUGUUAAUGGUACUUACAUUUUAUGUUGUAUUUGAAAUUUAAUCAGUUUUAGAAUUUAAUGGCGGAGAUUUUCAUUGGCGAAGCUUAGAUCGAGAUUAUUUUAUUUUUAUUUAAAAACUUACAGUCCUCCACUGGCCUACCUAGUUUAGUUCAAUUAAUGAUAUUUCUUCAAAUCAGAACAAGUCUAAUCUUAAUUAUAUAAAGCUCAUUUUAAAUACACCAGUUGCUUUCCGCUCAAGGCAGAAAUGUUUGCUUGGCUGUACGAUUUGGUUGUUUUGACAUUAAAAAAAAAGAUUAUUUUUUUUAAAUUCGGAAAUACACAUUUUUAUUUUGUUGGUACGUCUGAUGGUAUGUAGUAUGUUGGUACUCAUGAUUUUCGAAUAUUACUAAACGACUAGCAAUACAUAAUAAAUGUUUAACUUGAUAUUGAACUAAACUGUGUCUAGGUACGAUUUAAAAAAAAAUCUUGAAUAAUAAUAAAAUGCUUCGUCGGUUAAGAUGCUUAAUUUAGUUUAAGUGCCCUCGUGUAUUAGUUAAAAUACUUAAGAUCCGCUUAAGGUCCAUAUUUGUAAUGAUGAAAAUGUAAUAAAAAAUAAUUUUU